AUGAAAGUUUCUUUUAUUCUUUUCGGAAUUGCACUCGGGCAGAUUUGUCCCGGGGCAGAAGAAUGCUUAGAGUUUUGUACGCAGACUUAUGAGACCUGUAAUCGUGAAUGCACAGAUAGCUUCUGUCUAUCCCAAUGCUUGAGACAGUUUGACAAUUGCAACUGGGGAUGUCCCUGUGAAAAGAAUUGCGAAGGGGGAUGCCCUUGCCCUCUCUCUGAGUCUGGUUGGGCUUUUUGUCCUGAAAACGAAACUGGCUACGUCGAUGAUAGCAUUGAACCUCUCACCUACAACGUCAAUCUCCGCCUCUGGCUCGAUCCCGAAAAUCAAGGAGAACACCCAGCGGAAGGUGACUUCCAUUUUGAUGGAGAAACAACUUUCUUUUUCAAGCCGCGAAGGAAUACUGAUUACCUUAUUUUAAACUUCUAUGAUCUUCAUUUCUCGGAAAUCAAAGUUGUAAAUCUGAAUAGCAUCUACAAACUCGAAGGACAGAGAAUCUACGUCGCCAUCCCAUGGCAUGAUGGUUUCAAAGCAGGAAUCGAGUAUCGACUCGAGGCUAAAUAUUUCGGAUACAUGCGACCAAAUAACUAUGGUCUCUACCUCUCCCAGUACGAUGACGACCAAGGACGAACUCACUAUCUUGCUGGAACUCAAUUUGAAGACGAAGGUGCCCGAAGAGUUUUCCCUUGCAUCGAUCAACCGAAUGCUAAGGCUGAAUUCAGGCUCAAUGUCACUCACGAGAGAGAUUUUGAGUGGACUGAAGGUGGAAUCUCUUACUGGGCGAAUACAGGAAUGCCCGGCUUCACUUAUGAAAAUCCAGAAGGCUCGGGCGUUAUUACUACAGAGUUCUCUAAAACUGUGAAGAUGUCUACUUACCUCUUGGCAAUCACCGUGACUGACUUUGUCUCAAUCGACACGAGUUCUGUUAUUGACCAGAUUCCGAUGGCGCAUUCGUAUCGACCUGAAUACAGCGUUCCUGAAUUCAACAGAGAUGAUGUAGCUUUUCACGCGGCCGAAUGUGGAAACCGAGCGCUUGAUGUUUUUGGACGACGCCUUGGAGUGUAUUACGGCGAUAUGGGAAUUCCUAAAAUCGACCAAACAGCACUACCAGAUUUUUCUGCUGGAGCAAUGGAAAAUUGGGGACUUGUUCUUUAUCGAGAAGUGAGCAUGCUCUACAAUCGUACAUCUGACAGAACUUCGACCAAGCACAACAUUUGUCUGACAGUCAGUCACGAACUGGCUCAUCAAUGGUGGGGUAAUCAUGUGACCUGUGAUACAUGGGAAGAAAUUUGGCUGAACGAAGCUUUUGCAACUAUUUUCCAGUACAUUGGCGUUGAGUAUGCCAGUGAUUUGGAUGAGCGAUUGAACUGGGAGGAAGAUUCUCAGAUUGGAACAUGGGAUUUAGACGACUGGUUUAUUAUUGGAGAAAUGAUGGCCGGAUUAGAAACUGAUGCUUCUGUGAUGAAUUCUCAGCCACUUCUAAACAAAGAAAAUACUUGGAACCUUGGCCCUUGGGGCCCUGUUGGAAUCAUUUACCGAAAAGGAGCUUCAAUCUUAUCGAUGAUGCGAGACAAUAAUGUGACUGUUGCGGGUAACUCGUACGAAAAGAAGUAUACAGCUGGAGAGUCUGUUCAGAGCAUCUGCAAGGAUUUAAAGGAAGCUGGAGGUGUCCGACUUCCAGCGAAUGGCAGCGACUUCUAUUCUUACUUCGACACGUUUGAGCCCUACAUCAAGCAAAUGGGUUAUCCUUUGCUGACUGUCGACACUGAUUUAAUCGACGGUGAUACUUAUGUCAAGUUUACUCAACAAAGAUGGGUUGGUUCUGAAGAUGAAAAUAACAUCGCUGAUCAGCCUCCAAAUGUUCCACCGAGUCCUUUACUCAGAAACUCUCGAAGAAAAAUUCUUGACCAACUGUCUUCUGAUAAAGAUAUGAUUCCAAAGGCUGCUCGAGCAAAACUCAUCGCUGACUACUUCGCCUUUGCUGAAAAUGUUGAACUUACAGGUCGAGAUAUCACCAACGCUUUUGAAGUCGCGAAAUUUGCAAGCGAAGAAACUGAAAAGCUCGUCUGGGAUGUCAUUAACUCAGCGACGGCAUACACAAGCACGAUUUUACGAUUCACUGAGAACAAGAGUCUUUUAGACGACUAUAUGCAAGUUCAAGUGAGAGCUUUCUAUGACUUGUAUGGAAAUGCAGUUGUCGGUAAUGACGCGGAGCAUUUGGCAAUGGAGCGGGCUCUCGGAGUAGCUUGCAAAUUUGGCUUGAGUGAGUGUGUCAGUGAUGCUUCGACGGAAUUCAAUCUGUUUGUUACACGAGUCAACGGCGUCGUUGACUACGAAAAUGAGCCAAUGGCUGACAGAAAGGAAUCUGUUUACUGCUACGGUAUCGAAGUCGGAACGCAAGAUCAAUGGAGACUUCAGUGGAGCAGAUAUGCCACUGCAUCUUCCAACGAACAGGCAAUUAUUCGCCGAUCACUUGCAUGCACGAAAGAUCCCGUCAUGGUCCAAGUUUACCUUCAGCUCAGUACUCAGGACGACAUUAGGCUCCAAGAUAAACACUACUCAUUCGUUGCUCUUGCGAAGGGAUUGUACAGUCGCGAUGAUACUUGGGCGUUUGUAAAGACAAACUGGGACUAUUUCUACAAUAUGAUCGUCAAUGAGGGUUGGACACGCGUAGGUCUCAUUAUUGAUGCCUUAGCAGAAAGCUGGUCCACUGAAGAAGACAAACAAGACCUCCAAGCGUUCUACGAGCAGCUUGAGAAGGAAGAUCGACUUGCAAAUUUGAAGAAGACCUUUGAAAAUGCUCUUAUCACUGUCCAGAAAAAUAUCGACUGGCGGUCUAACUACGAAUCUAAGCUAGUCGACUGGCUAACUGAAAACUAG